CCCGACUUCCACUUUCUCAUGAAGAGGAAAAUCUGCUAUUUGUCAACGUUUUUAUUACAUUUUUUCCCCUACAAAACUAACAUGGAUAUAUUAUAUACUUCAUAAUAACGACACCUAACUUCAGAAAUAUAUACAUAUAAUCGAAUGAACAAGUCGGAAUAAUAUAAGACAAAUUAAGAAUUAGAGCUGCAGACUUUCCUGAAAAUCGUCAGGGAAAAACAGUGAUCAGCUGCCAAGUGCGAAGGGAAGGACACAAAAGCUGCGAGUCGUAGUCAUAUGACCUUAUUUAAUUCUCGUAUAAACCAUGUACGGCUAUAAGAUGGCAAAACCUUCGAUGUCCUCGGAGAAUUUGGUGGAUUCGGAACAUCAGACAAGGACUCGUACUCCUGUCUCAAAAUGUCGAUACUUUUUGAUGGGUCUAGCAACAACCCUCUUUGCUAGUGCUGUUGCUUUAGCUGUCUACCAGGCGACUAGUGAUCCAUUCCUUUUCAAGUCGGGCAAAACUUUCAAGCGUCCUAAGAUUGCAGCGAACCAACAGGGUCUUCAAGAUCCCAUCAAAGAUGAAGGUGUUGUUGUGGCCUCAGGGUCAGUGCGCACGACCUGGCCAGAUCCUCCCCCACAUGACCAGGUGGCCAAGGUGGCCCGCUACAUUGUGCACACCUCAGACUGGGCUACUGUAGCAACAUUCUCCACCCAGAAAGUCACUGAAGGCUUUCCAUUUGGCAACAUUCUAAGUGUGAGUGAUGGUCCAAUUGACAAGUCCAGUGGGACCCCAUACAUGUACCUUACGCCUCUGGACUUCACAGCUAUUGAUCUGGAGAAAGAUAACCGUGCUUCUCUCACAAUGAGUGAGGCUCAGUCUGACUACUGCCACAAGAAAGACUUUGACCCAGAGGAUCCCCGAUGUGCUCGCAUUUUAAUCACUGGUGAAAUUGUGAAGGUUGAGAAUGGAACAGCUGAGUGGGGCUUUGCUGAAGCUGCAAUGUUCUCAAGACAUCCAAUCAUGAAGUCAUGGCCUGCUGAUCACAAAUUUUUCUUUGCCAAAAUGAAUAUCAUGAAUAUUUUCGUCCUUGACUUCUUUGGAGGUGCAGCUGAGGUGGACAUCAAUGAAUAUUUCAGUGCUGUUAUGCCCUAAGUUGGGGGAACAUUUUUAACUCUUUCACUGUAACUUCAGCCCAGGAUUGGCUUAGAAGUAGCUACAAGAUGCGGUGAUGAUUUUCUGAUCAGUGGAUUUAUUUAGAUUAUAUGUAAUCAACUACAUUUUAAAAGUUAGUUAUCAGAUGCAGUACAGGAUGAGAUUGGAAUCCCUCUUCAUGUAUAUGGGAAUGCUUGAAUUGCCAUUAUGUUUUCAUAUACGAAAAGAACUGACCUGACCUUAAUGUCAUAAAUAUGGAAAUAUAAGAACUUAUUUUAAAGUGAAUUGAACAACUCAAGCCUCAGAAUGUAUUGCAUGUAGGGAUUAGUCUUAAACAUUUUACUCUCUCAGAGCUUAGAUUUUAUAUUAGAAUUCGGGGGAGCUUGGAAUGUUAUUCUCAUUAUCUAUUUUAGAAGUUAACUCAGCUAUUGUUAUACAUGUGAUAUAUAUAAUAUAUAUGUGAGUCGUUUCUUUCACUUUAAUUAUGUACUCGUGGAUGUAUCCCAGUGAUAAAUCUAAUGUGUUGUGUGUUUGAUAAAAGAAUCAAGAACACACAGACAAUUUUCUUUCUUCAAGUGGCACAUAAAGUUCUUUAGUAUAUUUUUAUUCGAAUUAAUCAAGUAUAUGUUCUUGCUGAUAAUGUCUCAUAGACAACAUGUGGACCAGGUUGGCUCGUGUCAUAGCAUAUUCUUUCCAUAGUUAUUUAGUGCUUCUACAUAUUUGCUGUCUCACCAGGGAAAUUGGAGUAAAUAACUUUACAACUAUGGAAUUAAUUAUAUGUUAUCCUUCUAUUAUAUGUGAGAUGUGAUAUACUGUAUAUGCUGUAUAACACUCUGGUAUAUGAAAUAUAACUGGUAUGUAUGAUAUGUAUAUUUGGUAUAUAUAAAACAGCAUAUCUUUGUAAUUAAUGAACAUUUUAUAAUGUUGCAAAGCAACAUGAUCUGAAUACUGAAGCUUAAGUCUUUCAUUUUGAAGUCUGCUUAUAUUUUUACAAAAUAAGGUGAAGCAAAAAUACUUAAAUUGUACUACUGUUUUGGAUAUAUAGAUUUAUAUACAUAAAGUUUUAUUAUUUUAUUUAUUUGAAAUUUGAAGUAAUGUGUAUAUUUAUUAUACGUGAAUAAGAAUAUAUUUUUGUUUCUAUAAGAUGUUCACAUUUACAAUUUUCCUGGUCACAGCAAAUGUUCCUAUUGAGUUUCUCUGACUUAGGAUUACAGUAUAGAAACUAGAUUUAGAGCUCUUGCGAGUCUUUACUUGAGACGGUCCAGGCGACUGGAUGAAGAACUGACAUUAUUGGCUGUGACUACGUAUGAGAGUCCUUGUGUCUCAUUCCUUGAUUUUUAAUUAAAUUUGACAUUUAUUA